UUAAUAUAAAUAUCUCAUAUUUUCUUCGUAAAAAGAUCAAAUUUGCAAGAGGAAAAAAAUAGAAGUAUUUUCCAAUGGGUGCUAUUGGAACUAUGGCUAAAAGUUUGAAUGCAUUAAUCGGCCCUGGAGUGAUGCUUCUCUAUCCUUUGUAUUCUUCUAUGAGAGCAAUUGAGAGCCCUUCACCAUUAGAUGAUCAACAAUGGUUAACCUAUUGGGUUCUCUAUUCAUUCAUAACUCUAUUUGAGUUAUCUUGUUGGAAAGUCCUCCAAUGGCUACCAUUUUGGCCAUUCAUUAAACUUGUAUGUUGUAUGUGGUUGGUGCUACCAAUUUUCAAUGGAGCAGCUUAUAUACAUGAAAAUUUCAUAAGAAAACAUGUUAAAGUUGGUAGCCAUGUUAGUUCAAAUUAUCCACAAAAUCAAAGAAAAGCACUCCAAAUGAUGAGUCUUGAUGCAAGGAAAUCUGUUGAAAAAUAUAUAGAGAAGUAUGGACCAGAUGCCUUUGACAAGGUGGUUAGAGCGGCGGAGAAAGAAGCAAAGAAACAUUGAGGAAGAGCAAAUACGUACAAUAUCAUAUUCAAUGUAAUCAUACGAGAAAGAGAAAGUGAAAGAAGAAAACAUGAUGUAUUAUUUAGGAAUUAAUGUAUAUUUUGACUUUCAUAACUCUUCCACAUAAAUGAAACAUUUGCAUUUCUAAUAUUAA